GGACUUCUAACGGCCUCUAGUGCAAUGCAGCGGACACGCCCACAGUGACGUCAGCGGCGAGAAACAGGAAGUGACGCCAAGUGUUUGAACCGAGACCCGGGAGUGCUGGCACAGAGAAUGGAGCAGCCGCCCCGCAGACCUCGUGGCCCCAUCAGGCGCAGCUCGAGGGAGGCUCCUGACGUGUGCGUGGCCUUCCCGGGGCCGGUGACGAGGGAGAGCUGCUGCCGCUUCAUCUGCGAGCUCCUGAAGCACAUCCUGCACCAGAGGCACCAGCUGCCCCUGCCUUACGAGCAGCUUCUCCACUUCUGUAGUGGGAAGAAGGACGGUGAAGAGGUUGUGAGAAGACCGAUAAAGGAGGCGUCAGAUUCCCGCCAGUGUCAGCGCGCCCUCUCAGACUUGGCGGAGGUAAUGUCCCAGCUGGACGUCUUCUUCACACUGACCGCUGUGCCCCGGGUCCUGCUGCUGUUGGGGGGCUCCGCUGUCAGCCCUAAGGAGCUGUAUGUGAUAGACAUGGAGGGCAUCCAGGUGGGCAACGGUGAGCAGAGCCUGAGCCCGCGCUCCUGCCUUCGUCAGCUCUUCCGGGCGCUCUUCCUGGCUGACCCGUUCAGUGACCUGCGCUCUUCCAGCCUCAUGAGUGUGGUGCUGAUGGUUCUGGGACAUCGACACUGCGCCACAGACUGGUUCCGACCCAAACUCAACUACAAGGUGCCCACCAGGGCCCACACCCUGACCAUCAAACUGUCCAGCAGUGGAACUGAAGACACCACGUACCCCAGCGACGACUACGUCUGGUUUCAGGCUCCGAUCACACUGAGAGGAUUUCAUAACUGAGGACACAGAGACCCUUCUACUCGAUGCCAAAUACAUGAUGGGGGGAUUAUCUGGUAUUAUCUCAGGGUUACCCCCACUCGCCCUCUAUAUAAUCACAUCAUGGACCGCCUCCAGUCCAGUGCAAUAGAAGGCUGCCCCACCGGAUCCACGGCGGAUUUCAGGGCCAGCGGACUCCGUGGAUGUACCUCAUACAUGUGAUAUGUACAUGGCUCCUACAGAACCAUCUCCAGGACGUGAGCCCCGUCCUCACAGCCUCUUCCACGGUGCUCCAGGGACAGCCGGGUGCUCCGAGCAUCUUCCUGGAGGCUCAGUCCUACUGUCAGCUGCUAUAUUUGGAUUGUAAUUUGCCCCCAGAGGCCGCCUCUACCUCAGGACUGACGAGUGCCGCCAGUUGAGCCCGGUGGUAGGUUCACGCUCCGGCAUCCAUUGUGGGACCCUCUACUCUCGGGUGCCCUGUCCCAUCUGCAGUGGUCAUGUAAGGGUCUUGGGCUCUUGGUUUCUCCCAGCCUCUCGGGACCCCUGUGUGUCCCUGUGAUGGGGCGCUCUGCACCUCCGUUAUCCGCCAUGUUUACUUCAGGAGACAAGGAUCAUGUAUCGCGGACUCCUCUUAUUACUGGGUUUUUAUUGGGCGAUUAUAAAUUAUUUAUUUGACCCACAGUGUUUUAAAGGGAACUUGAUGCCCCGGGACCCCCACAUGGGGUAAUACUGCCAGGGACUGGCUUUAUGAAUGCGCCCCUCUAAGAUUUCUGUAGAAAAUGCCCUUGUAAGGUCGCACACGUUUUUACUUAUUAGGGUUGAAAAGCCGCGGGGCGUUCUGAUAAUCUGAAGAGUCCGAGCCUGACUCUCCUGAGCUUGAUGGAGGUCGGCCUUGGAUGCUGCCGCUCGGUGCGUCCUGCCCGACUCCAUCGCCAUAUCUGGCCUGAACGGAGUAGACAAGCUGAGAUCUAUAGGAGAUGGGGCGUCAAUCCAGCGCUAAGGAAGGGGGGGGGGUUUAGGACAGAGGCCUCGCCCCCAUGACUAAUUAGCAUAUUACAAGUUAUACCUUCAUUUUCUAUGUAAUGCCGACUUGCGGUUUAUACUGGGAGGACCCUGCGGUAUAACGCCGUAGAGGGGACUCGCUGGGCGCCAGGUUCCUAUUAGGACUUUGUUUUUAAUGACGUGAGAACGGCGCGCCGUUCCUGCGCCGACCGCCCAUCCCGGACUUCUUGAUUUGGGUAUUUUUUUAAAUCAUGGAAGUAAACUGUUCA